UCCACUACAACAGGCCGGAAGUUAGCUACAAAACAAACCACUAAUCAAAGUUUUCACCUUUGGCAAUCAUAUCAAUUCAAGCUAGUAGAGGAAUGAAUGUAUCACAAAGAAGCGUACAUGUGUAUGGUUGAUUAUAAUAAGGGUGUAAGAUAGAAUCCUUUUACCUCCGACUAGACAACGGUAUUUGGGAAUCACCAGCCACCCACAGAUGGCGGGGUUCCACCUCGUGCCUGUAGGUGGUGGCAGUACUCCUAUAAACCUGCCCGAAGGAGAGACACUGCUGGGAAGGGGUCCAUUCCUUGGCGUCAAUGACAAAAGAGUCUCCAGACACCACGGCCUCCUUGAGAACCAUGAUGGAAAGCUGCGCAUCAAACCUACACAUGUCAACCCUUGCUUCUGUCAGACCUCAUUGGACGACCCCCCGCAGCCUUUGGAGAGGGACCAAUGGCAUAGGCUUGGGCAGGGGGACAUCUUUUCCCUUCUUCCUGGGAAGUAUAUGUACAAGGUGGUGGCUGUGGCUGGAGAAUACGGAACAUUAAAAAACAGUCAAGCUCUUCAAGAUGAAGAGGAGGCUAUUGUUAAGACUCCUUCCUCUCCUGAACCAGGAGACGAUCACGCUGUCACUACAGGCCAGGGCAUGAGGGGGACAUCACACACCCAGGAACUAGAGUCUGAACUGCAAGAUAGUUUGGACCAGAAGAAGCCCGAUGACGAGCUACCCACUCCUGCCACCCCAAAGCAGGCAAAGGGUGUUUUAGCAGAAGCAGAAAAGGACCAGAAUAAGCUAAAGGUGGAGCCAAAGAAAAGAGUGUUACCUGCGUGGAUGAUGGUACCUGUUGCAUCUUUGACGAGCCCGUCCACCUCUAAAGGAGCUGGAAAUAGAGGCGUAAGAAUUGCGACACCAAUGACGAACACCAACCAGGUUACAGCCAAACGAGGGAGGGCUACAGCGCCAUCAUCGGGGGAGGAGUCUGAACACAGUGAGGCGGAGCCAGUGCCCAGGAAGCGGAUAAGGCGGAUAAAUAGCGAGGAGGAUGAGGAAGGCGGGGUGGUCCAGUCUAAAGCAGCAUUGAAAGCCCGGCAGCAAGUGAAGCCCAGCAACUUUGAGGACAGCGAGGAAUCGGACCACUCUGUGAUGGAGGUGGAUGAGGAUGGAGAGAAGAGAAGUGGGGAGGACGUUUCUGCAGCCAACGACAGCAGCCCCUCCACAAGUGGAGUGAAGCACAGUGAAGCCAAAAACAAGGGGAGGGACCCUAAGAAUGCUCAGAAGGUCAGCAAGGCGGAGCAUCAGGGGUCAGGUGCCAUUUCAGGCCCUGCCCAGUCCAAACCUCCUCUCCGGACGCCCUGCCAGUAUGGAAAACACUGUUACAGGAAAAACCCAUUUCACUUCCAAGAAUGCAGUCACCCCGGAGACAGCGAUUAUGAGAACUAUUCUGAGGAAGUAGACGAGGACGAUGAAGCAGAUAAUGGUGACCGACCCGAGUGUCCGUAUGGCACAGACUGCUACAGGAAAAACCCUCUCCACAGGAAGGAAUACAGACAUAGCAAGAAGACGCGAGCAAAAAAGCCAGUGUCCUACAACAACGAGGAGGAGGAUGAUGACUCUGGAGACAAUGACAGCUUCAUCAAUGAUGAGAGCGAGGACAAUGAUGAAGACUCUGAUUAUGAGCCCCCUGAUUCAGAUGACAGUGGCAAGGAGGACCUCGAAAGACUCAAGAAAGAGGCCAAGAAUUUUAUGAGACUGAAAUGAACUGUUGGACUAAACUACUAAAACUACUACUAAACCCACCUACAAUAACAUUGCUAUUCAAACCAACUGAAAUGAUCUAGCAUUAUAUUAGGCACCUUAUACUGAUAAUGGGAGAGUCGGCAGUAUGAAAUCAUAGUACGCAACAGGAAAAUUUUCUUUCAUCAAACAACAACAAGAACAGUAUUAGGAAAUUGCGCCACUGCAAACUUUUUUAAAUCUUUUAAUAUUUCCCUGGCAGUGCUACAUCGGGUAUGGCAGGGAGUCCCACAAGGGCGGCAUAUAUUGGUCCAGCAAUUUCCAGGAUGAUGGGAGAGUUGGCUGGCAUUCUAGUGGCUCUGUGGCAAGUCAGGUAAUUUAGGACUCUGGCGAAUCAGUUUAGAUGAGAAUAGGCAUUAACUACAAAUCGGAUACCAUGACAUUUGUUUGGGAAAAAUUUGGACAAAACAGCAAACCGAGAACCGAAUAAUAAAUCUUCCAGGUCAGCGCCAUUGAUGGAUCAUCCUAAAUGAUGUCAGCAUCUUGGGCAUGCCAACCAUCUUGAAGUGUUUGUCGGGCACAUUUUGGAGCGCCCGUCAAUCGCUUGUGUUCUCAUUGGCUUGUGUUCUCAUGGUUUCAAUUAUAUUCAUUUGUAGAGUGUCAUAUCUUUUGUAGAGUGUUUUGUACACCUUGGCUAUAGCUGAAUAUCUACAGUAAGUGUUUCCCUUUGUAAUGUAAAUUUCCUCUGUGCAGUUACAUUUCUUGGAAUUUCCUUCUCACAAAGUCUGUAAAACUGUAAAAAAAAAAAAAGAUUUUACAAUCUGGUUUUUAGGUUAAAAAAAAUUUUAACUGUUGAUUGUAUGUUUUAGGCCUCUGGCUCACAUUUUAAAUAAAUUAGAAAUAGACAUUCA